AUGCAGCUGCAUCUACAGGAACUUUGUACAAUCACUAAAUCGUGUUCGCUGAUAACUUUUCGGACCACAUCUCAGGUGGAUGUUCAAUCAAGCUCAAUGUCGGACGUAUAUCUUCUCGCCUCGUUUUUCUGUGACGACAAUGGCGACAGGGCCGAAAAUGAACGACGGUGUUUCACUGGAAGCAUUAGACGGACCUGGAAUUAA